UGACCCCACAAAAUCUAAUUAUAUGUUUGUUCUUUCCAGCUUUGGCCCUGAUGUAUUGGUCCCUUCGCUGAAGUCCUCCGUGGCUAAGCUGUUUUCUAAUGAACUGGACUAGCGCAGAAUUCUGGUUUGCAAGCCAUGAUGCUACGGUCAGGCGUGUUUGCAGCAAGUGUCUUCAGGUUGCAUGGUGGAUCGCGGUCUAGAUGUUUGAUUCUUAGUGCCUCGCAGUUCCAGCACAUUCUGAAUGAUCCUGGGCGGACCAGCGAGGCUUUUGUGGGUCAUGCGGGGCAUGCGUUGUCCUUGUUGUCCGGGGCACGUCGUGGAACGAUCCUGCAAGAACUUUGCAAAAUGGAGCUGGCGCGAUUACAUCCGCACAGCAGAAUCGACGAGCCUACCCGAGGGACGUGUUGCAACGGGGCUCACCGGUCAGCUUUACAGGAGGAGUAUGACUUCAGCAUGGAUGCCUGCAAGAUUGAGUGCAAAAGUGCACAGAUGAGUUGGAACAGGGCAAAGAUGUGUUGGCGCAUGUGUUUUCAAAAAGUCAAGCUGCCAUGGUCAGGUUUUCGGGACCAAGCUCAUUUGAUGAUUUGUAUCUCACAAUCUUCAGCCCAGACAAUAGCUUGCACAUCAUCAAGCAUGACCUUCAGACUGGAGUUUCCACAGCUGGCAAGCGAACAGGAAGCAACGGUCAUGUGAUUGUUGUCCAAGCUGCUCGCAUGCAAGAAUGUUGGC